GUUAAUUUGGUAGGUUAGGUUUCGAUGUGCAUUUGUAUAUGGCUAUGUACUAGAACCACUUUUGCACGCACGAUUUUUAUGCGAAAAUACAUCAUUGCAUUCAGUGACGUAGUAUGACAUAUAAGUCAAAUUAAAGUCUGAAAAUGAGUAUUUCCGGGAAAUUCAAUGACCCAACACCACCACCACUAUACCAGUUCCGUCUACUUCAUAGAGCAGUCUGUUAUCUGUGAUACGUAGCAGUCUAAACGUUCGAAGAACUACAAUACCUGUCUUGUGGAAAUAGUGCAAUAGGUAAAGGAUAACGUAACAACAUAUGUACAUGUGUGAGCGGGGACAUGAACAUUACAGCUUUUAUAACAUUCCAUUCGAAGAUCAACUUCAGAUGUUCCAAACAUCAAGAUUGUAUGUCGUUGAAAUCACAGGCACACUAUGGAAGUGGUACAAAGCAGCAGAGAGUCGAGAUGACCUUUGCAGGAUUCAAAUCCGGAUCUUCCUUGUUACGGCGAGGUCUUCCACACAAUUAUUCGUCCAUUUACCCUGAGUUAUGCCUUCAGCACUGCGUCAUCACCUCUUGCUGCUGUGAUUAUCUGAAGUGCUCAGCUGACGAUGAAGCACCUCCUGUAAAUAAUGUAGCAAAAUGCGAGACGAUAUGACGUCAUUGUUCUUUGUUCACCAGGGCGAUUACUCGUAGGUGGAUUCACACAAAAUGUUUCGGCUGUAAUUUGUUUUCUCUAAGGAAGUGAUGUCAUUAAGUAUUUUGAGUUUAUA